ACAGUCAAAAUGUCCAAAGGGCCUCUUAUUCUCUGGCUGCUGAUUGAGCUCGGGCGGCUUUUUCUGACUCCAGCUGCAUCAGAGACUGUGAGAGCAUUUUUGGGUCAGUCAGUGAUUUUGCCCUGUACCUACUCAUCCUGGUCUCAAAAGAGCAACAGCAUGUGCUGGGGCAAGGGUGAGUGUCCCAAAUCCAAAUGCAAUGAUGAGCUUCUCCACACCAAUGGGAGGAAGGUGCUGUCCAGGAAGUCAUCAAAAUAUGAACUUCGGGGCAGUAUCUGGAGAGGUGAUGUCUCCUUGACCAUCUUCAACACCAAUGAAGGUGACAGCGGUGUGUACUGUUGCCGCGUAGAGGUGCCUGGCUGGUUCAACGAUGUGAAGAAGAACAUUCACCUGCAGCUGAGUAGAGCCCCGACAACCACACAAUCAACAACACAUCUCCCAAAAGCCACCUCUGCUGUGAGGACAGCCACAACUGCGCUUCCAACAACGGCUGUGAAUAUACCUGAGCUCACAACCAGAACACCACUCCAGACAAGAACCACCACUGCUCUCACAACAGUGGCAACUACAUGCCCUCCAACAACGAGAACCCUACUUCCUGAAGCAACUACAGUUCUUCCAACAGCUGAGUUUUCCACAGAAGGGCCUAUCCUCACUGCAGCGUCAGAAACUUUCUUUCUCUCUAGUGACUCUGAGAGAAGCACUGAAGUGCUUUCUGGAAACAUUGCCUUAUUUACAUCCCAAGAAUCUGAAGAUUGGGUUCUCCAGUCAACAUCCCAGGUGUCCAAGUGGGAAAUGAGUGACUCAGUGACUUUUCCUCAAACAGGAGAGAUGGAGACAGAAAUGCCUGUGCAAAACAAGGUUGAAUCAGAACAGGUAAAAAUGGUCAUCAACUCUGACCUGCUAAUGAUCAUCGCUCCCUCCCUGGGAUUUGUGCUGUUGGCGUUGCUUGUGGCAUUUUUCCUUCGAGGGAAAGUCAUGAAAUCCAGUUGGUUCCCGAAACACACACGGCUGGACAAUGUUGAAGGAUAUAAAAACAACUUCGAUGACAUGCAGCAUGGAAGAGAAGACGAAGAUGGUCUUUUCACACUCUAAUGUGCCACUUUUUCUCAGGAUUGAGGAUGGGGGCAUGAUGCGGGAAUUGUCAAAAUAAGUCUUAGAAUGUAUUGUUUUGUUUUAAAAGCCCCAUCUAUUAUUC